CAUUACAUUGGAGAUAUGUCAAGAUGGCCGAAGAAAGUCCGGGAUAAACAUUUUAACACAUAAGAACAACUUGCGAUAUUGAUAGAGUAUCGGGAUGGCACAUCAACUUCAGUUAGGGAAGGAAAAGUACAGACAGUGGGUAAAGGCUGGUUUAGGACUUGGAUAUUUAAAGGAGGGACUGGUACCAUUCUGUACUGAUAUAGCUGACCAACAACAUAAGGAUAUCUUACAAAACAUUCGGUCUAGAAAGUCACUACCAUCAACUGUGACGUGUGGCAGCUGUCAAGUUGAAACUCUCAAACCAGACCAUAAGCCAUUAGGGAAUGCUAAAAACAGAGUUUGUCCUCUUGGGCAAGUAAAAUGCAGCUGUUGCUUUAAGGGAAAAAUAACUUGUCCGAACAACAUAUGUGGCGCCAUCUAUGAUUUUAUUGUGAAGCAUCAUUCAUCCUCACCACCUACACCAAACUGGAAAAACAGCGAUGCUCAACAGUGGUUUACAGACCCUUGGAGCAUUUGUAAGUGUUUUAUAAAUGCUACAGGGUACGAGCAGAAACAAUCUGCUGGUGAAACUGAUUGUCCUGGGCUAUUACAUCUAAUGAUAAAUAACCAGUAUUUUCAUAGCCACAUUGGAUGCAAUGUCACAGGAACAAACAACCUUUUUUCAAAGGUACGUCAGUAUAGAAAUACAAUUUUCCAUUCAAGCAGUAUGGAAUUGGACGAAAGUGAGGCAAAUACAUACUUAGAUGAUAUGAUAGCAGUUUUACAAGAUGGUAAGGAGCUAUUACAACGAUCAGAUGCCCAGAUAGCGGUGAAGAAACUUCAAGAU